GUAACUGUAAUAACUGUGACCAUUCACCAAAUUUGAGAUCCUCAUUGCCAAGUGACUGGCACCCCGCCCUUCAUUUAUUAAACAUUCACAUACAUAAGGUGCGCAUUCAUAAUCUUUCCCUCAAGAUGGGGGUAUUAUUAAGUCUUCUCCUCCUUCCACAAAUUUCGCUCCUCUCUACUUUUUCUUCGUCUAUUUCUUCUCCCAUUCCCUCCAUCUUUUUCUUCUCUCCACAUUGUCUGAAACAAACAUUCCCAUAUUUCACCAUGCGUUUCCAUGCUCGAGACGUCUUUGUAAACGGUACCAUCACCGCCAAUCUCUUCGUCUCCUCAUACAUCGGCACCAUCAGCACGUUACAAUUGUCCCGAUCGUUGAAUGGUUCGUACGCGCUCAACACGCUGUCCGUCAACAAUGUGACGACCGAUAAUCCCUCGUGGCUGCACAAAGAUCCGAAGAAUGGCAUCUUGUAUUGUUUGAACGAGGGGCUGAGUGUCCAGAAUGGAAGUAUCUCGAGUUUCUCCGUUGCGGGUAAUGGGGACUUGAGUUUGUUGGGAAAUGGUUUGACUAUCAGUGGACCUGUUAGUUCGGUUCUGUUUAAUGGGGGAAGAAAUAUGGCGGCGGCUCAUUACAGCGGUGCAUCCCUCACCACCCACAACAUCCAAGCAGAUGGAACCCUCUCACCCCUUCAAACCCUGACCUUCACCAUGCCAGGACCGGGACCCGAUCCCCUCCAAAGACAACUCACCCCGCAUCCCCACGAAGCACUCCUCGACCCCACCGAGAAAUACAUCAUCGUCCCUGAUCUCGGCGCCGAUCUCGUCCGCGUCUUCUCCAUCGAUCCCGCCACCGCUCUUCUGACAGAACAAACUCCCUGCACGGCUCCUCCGGCCAGUGGUCCCCGUCAUGGUGCUUUUCACGUGACGGAUGGUGGUGAUACUUACUUCUACCUGGUUUCGGAAUUGGCAAAUACGGUGUCGAGUUUCAAGGUGACUUAUGGAGAGGGUUCUGAGGGCAUGACUUUUACCAAUAUCGAUACUCAUGGUAUUUAUGGUGAUGAGAAAAUUCCUGAGGGAGCAGCCGCGGCGGAAUGUCUGUUGACUCCUGACGGAAAACACAUCCUCACCUCCUCCCGCAACGCCACCCUUCUCUCCAUCCCCCAACCCCCCACCCAUCCCCUAAACAACACCGCUCUCCCCUCCGACACCAUCCAAGCCUGGAGUAUCAACACCGCCUCCAACUCCACCUACGGCAGUCUCUCCUUCUCGCAACUCUUUCCCUCAGGCGGCAUCUUCCCACGUCAAAUGUCCUUGAAUAAAGCCGGGACGCUCGUAGCGAUCGCUUUGCAACGGAGCGCACGAGUUGUGAUUGCAAAGCGCGAUCCAAAGACGGGAUUGUUUGGGGAUUUUGUCGCGGAUGUGCAGGUCGGUGUUUUCGAGGGGGUGGAUGGGUUGAAUGGCCAGGUUACGAGUGUGAUUUGGGAUGAAGUGGAGGAGAUUUAUUAGGUUAGGCUGAGGUGGUUGAGUGCAGUUGGGUGGUGCGGAGUGAGGGGGUGGGGGGUUGCUGAUUAAGGAGCGUGUUGGGUGUUGUUCAUACGGGGUUCGAACACCAGCUAAUUAACCAAUACUCGCGAGGAAUAGAGGGAUGGAGAGGAGAGGAAGUUCAAUUCUUUUUUAUCGAUGAUGUCAUAUUACAUCGCGUCACACCAUUUCACAUCGCAUCACAUCGCAUCACAUCACAUCAUACUAACUACUAGCGACGAAACAUCAACAAAUAAACGAGUAUAGAUAGAUACCCAUCCAUAGAUCCAUCGGAUUCAUCCAUCCAUGUACACAUACAUACCUACUUACAGAUAUCAGUUUUCGAGCCAUGAUAGUUUACCUACAUACGUCCAUUCAUAUUAGAUUAGAUGAGAUUAGAUGAUGUAUUCUAGAUACAUACAUACAUACAUAAAUAAAUAAAUAAAUCGUUGCA